AGGCGGGGCCGAAACGGGUUGCAGCGCAGGCGCACAGGCUGGUUUACCGUAGAGUCGGUUGGUGUUCGUUGUCAACUGGGAGUCCGGACUGAGGCGGCAGUCGCGGUGCCGGGUGUAAACAGGGGCCUUGGGUCCGGGCGGCCCAGGUCUGCACCCAUUUCUUUCUGAUUCAGAUGGAUCCAAGUGAGCCGAGAAAUUUGCUGGAAGUGCCUGGAGGUUCCCAGCGGGGGAGUGUAUCCUCAUCUGUGACUAGAUACCCAGAGGUACUGGUUUACCUGGUGAAUGACUCUGUUAUUCAGAUUUCUGUGGAGAGUCUGACAGCCCUUACAGCAGGGGAGCUUGCCAGAACUGUUCGGGAAGCACUACAGUUGCCUGAUCAGGCUCAAGAGAUUUUCUCGUUGUGGCUGGUUUCGCCUUUCUUAGAGCUGCAACUGAAGCCCAAGCAUCAUCCCUACAAGGUCAGCCGGCAGUGGCCAGAUCUCCUUUACCGAUUUACUAAGUGUUCUGUUGAUGACAUUGUUCAUGAUGAACCAUCAUUGCAGUUUCGAAAGAAUGUGUUCUUUCCCAAAGGCAAGGAGUUACAAAUUGCGGAUGAGGGCAUUCUCCGAUUUUUGUACGAGGAGGCCAAAUUUAAUAUUCUGGAGGGCCGGUACCCUUACGACAUGGAGGAUUGUCUCAAGCUGGGUGCCCUCACUUGUCGAAUUGAGCUUGGUCCCUUUAAUCAGGACCAACACAAUCUGGCUGUCAUCAGGGAGAAACUUGAUAUGUUUCUUCCCACUCAUCUGUGCAAAAAGCACGGUGGGUUCCUGGCAGCAUUCCGGCCCCGAGGAGCCAAGCAGCAUUGCUACGAAGAGGAGCUCCUGGAGUCCUUCAGGCAGCUGGUGGACGAUGCAGCACGUGAGGAGCCAGAGGCCCUGAAACUGCACUACCGAGCGUAUCUGGAAAAAUGUCAUCUGCUACAGUACUAUGGCUCUGCAAUGUUCUCUGGGGAGAUUGAUAAACCAGUGCAGAGCUUUCUGCAUCGGAAUGGGCGGAAACUGGUAACCAUUGCAAUCAGUUUGGAUGGUGUGUCUGUCAUGGACAGUAAGGAAAAGUGCGUGCUCUUGACCCUAGGUUUUCAUGAACUGUCGUGGGAGUAUACGUCCUCAGAGGACGAGGAGUUGGAUGACAUCUUGUGGCUGGAAUUUGAUGGAGAGGAAGGAGGAGCUGUUGUGAACAAGCUUUUGAAGAUCUAUUCCAAACAGGCGGAGUUGAUGAGUGGAAUGAUCGAUUACUGCAUUGACUUCAACAACACCUUCGAGGCGCCACCAGCGCAGGAUGCUGUUGCUGCAAAGCCACCGAGACCAAAGGAGAAACGUGGCAAACUGAAGCGGCAGAACAGCGUGGUGUGCAAUCGGAUCCAGCAGCUGUCAACCAUAGACUAUGUGGAGGAGGGUAAAGAAAUCAAGCGCGUGAAGCCGAAGAGGGCGGCAUCGUUCUUCACACGGCAGUUGUCCCAGGGUCCAGCCUCUUAUACUGCCGUGGAGGUCACAGAGACUCUGGAGCAGGGCUGACCCAACCUGUGGAGACACACGGAUUUCCAUGGGAGGGGAGGGAGUGAACAAUGGGGGGGGGGGGGGGGGUGGUGGGCUUAUGUUCCCAAAGAGGACUGAAGGUGGAGGGGCGGCUGGGGUAGUGUGGAAGGAAAUGAGACAUUUGCCAAUGGCAAAAAAAUUGUUGGAUUUGAGAGCUUGCAGGGACUGAAUUAUUGCACAACCCACAACUGUCAUUCGAAGAAACACCUUCAGGAGGGUCCAUGAAACCAGACGCUGCAGUAUUUGGAGGGUCUCAAUCACCCUGUGUUGAACCAGGAGUCUUAGAGGAUUCGUAGGGAGAAAGGAAUGCAUGUAUAUAUAUUUUGUUUAUUUAAGAAAUAUAUGAACUGGAUUGUAGAAAUGUGGCAAUUAUACGGUGCAGGGGGAUAAAUCAUGUCCUUCAACCCCGGUCCUUUCAUUUCUUGGAGAAAUCAAGCCCAAUCUGGGGCAAAUGUUUCCUUGCUGUGUUGGAUGCCUCACGUAAAAGUGAAUUUGUGGUUGCCUCAACUCAUUUGGGCCCCAUGUCAGCAAACAUCACCCAGUCUGGCACUGAUAUAAUUGUCUAACUGACUGCGUAACUCGUAGAUUGAUGCACUGGUAAAAUAUCUUUAGAAUUCUUGGAAUAAAGCACAAUGUUGAGGCGGGGUAGAGGGAGCUUUCAUCUCUGACCUGCUGUUUAGCCGAAAGGAAGAUCAAAAUGCUGGCACAGUACAAUAAGUCUGUUGGCCUCUGGAAAAGGAGAGGUUUUCUAAAUAUUUUGGGUGAGAAGUGCUGGUAGACCUGCUAUUGUAUUCCAGUAUCAUCUGCUUUUCACAUUUGUGCUCUCUGUUGUUCUUUUUAACUUGUACUAAAUACAACAUCUGUCUCGGGACACUUAGUGGUGAUUGAUGAGAUGGACCAGCAAGAGGCUACUCCUUAGCGCAGACAACAGAAACAUGCCCUCAAUAUUGUGAUUGUUUGUCCAAUGAUGACUUCUAGUUGCUGAGCUUCCAUUGCUUCUUUACAUUCCUGAUCAGUUUCCACCCCUUCUGUGGCAGUGUUAACCUACAAUGCCACUGUACAGACACUUCUUUCUUCCCUGCCUCACACUCACUUGAUCAGAACCCUAGAGAGGUCUGCAUCUAGUGUUCCAAAUUGCAAUCUAACUUCUUUUUCAGAAAGAGUAUCGGUAUUUCCCACUCUAGGUUUGUAUCCCUUUCUGUUCUCUUUGCAAUCAAGAACUCUGCUCUUUCCUAACUGCUGCCUGCCCCCAUUUCCCCCCCCAAAAUAAAAAGAUUGAGGCCUUGAAAUGGUUCCAUAAAGUCUCUGAAUUCUUGAUGGGUUUGUAUAGUAAUCCUUCCUCUAUUUAAACAAGGGCACCAAUGGUCUUGUAAAGUAUAUCAUUGGUAUCGUCAUUGCAAGGCCCAAAGGUUUAACUGGAACUGAGGGUGGUUUAAAGAUCAUUUUGAUAUCACAUUCCCAAAACACUGCCUUCUCAAUUUUAAACUCAACUGUGUUCUGAACCGUGCUGAUCCGAAGAGCACUCUGAAUAUAUGCUCUUCUAUCUCCCUUCCUGAAAAAAUUCUGACAAUGGAAUGACUGCACUGAAGUGAAUCCAAAGGAAACUGCUGGGUGCACGUGCAGCGUCUGUUUCUUUUUCUAUUUGCACUACAUAAGGUAACUGAUUCCAGAACAAUUGAGAAUUUAGGAGAUUUUUCACUUUAUCAGUGGUUUAAUCUGCUUUUUAUGAAGAAACACUUGAUUCUAUUUAGUCAGUUGGUCCUACUAAUUGUUAGUGCACACUUUUUGAUAUUCAUCCAAAUGUAUUUCUACUAAUGUGAAUUAAAGUUUUUUCUUUAUUAUAAA